CCGCCUCCCUCUCGCUGAGUGCUGUACUCGUUGUACUGCGCUCUAUUGGUGACGAGUGGAACCAUGAUGACAAAUUGUAACCGCCGUCGCACACACACACAACCCAUCCGAUUGUUGCCGUCUGCACACAAGUUGGUAUCAGGUAAUUUCUCGAACCUCUUGUGAGGGGUACUACGAAAAAUGAUUGGCGUUUUGCAAGACCUUGUUAAGCCUAUCAUUGGCUCGUCAGCCAUGAGCUUUCUUGCAAAGCUAAAUAUUGACGAAGGGAACCUUUUAUGGGCCUUAGCUGGUGCUAUAACUGCUGUAAGCUGUUGGGAAUCAUAUUUAAGCAUUCGACAGAGAAGAGUGUUGAUCAAAGAAGAAAAAGUUCCACCAGAGUUGGUGAAGCACAUGGAUAAGAACAAGUUUGAAAAAAGUAGGCAAUAUGCUCUUGAUAAGAAUUCUUUCGAACUUGUUCAUAGUCUGUUCGAUUUGAUUGUGAGCACUGCAACUCUGGUUCUUAAAUGGCAUGUUGUUAUGUGGACAAUUUCUGAAGUAAUUGUCAAAAGAAUUGGCCUUCCUCUUGAUCAGUAUGAAAUAAAUCAGACAUACUUCUUUAUACUUAUAAAUAGCGUAAUUGAAAUUACUCUCAGCACACCAUUCAAACUCUAUUCAACCUUUGUGAUUGAAGAAAGACAUGGAUUUAAUAAUCAAACCCUGGGUUUCUUUGUCAAAGAUGAAAUCAAGAAGUUCAUUGUUGGCCAAAUCAUAACGUUCCCUGUAAUAAGUGGCAUUAUUUUCAUUGUGAAAGCCGGUGGUGACUAUUUCUCACUCUAUGCCUGGGGUUUCACAACAUUUGUGAUCCUUGUAAUGAUGACCGUUUAUCCUGUGUACAUUGCUCCAUUGUUUGACAAAUAUACCCCCCUGCCAGAGGGAGAGCUCAGGAAUGAAAUUGAGGCUCUUGCCAAGAAGCUUGACUACCCUCUCACUAAGUUGUUUGUUGUUGAAGGUUCUAAACGUUCUGCACACAGUAAUGCAUAUUUGUAUGGAUUCUUCAAGAACAAGCGCAUUGUUUUGUUUGACACACUGAUAAAGGGAUAUGAACCUGUAGACAAGGAAAAGAAGGAAGCUGAAGUGAAGGAAAAGGAGGAGAAUAUGACAGAGGAAGAGAAGAAAACUCUGGAAGAGAAGAGAAAUGCCAAGAAAGAGCGAGGAUGCAGCACAGAAGAGAUUGUAGCCGUUUUGGGACAUGAACUUGGACAUUGGAAAUAUAGCCAUACUGUUAAGAAUUUAGUCAUAGUAGAGGUCAAAAUUCUGCUGUUUUUUAUCUUGUUCUCAAAGGUCUUUGCUUCAAAGAGCCUAUAUCGAGCUUUUGGAUUUACCAAGAGCCAACCUGCAGUGAUUGGUUUGACUGUUAUUCUUGGAAAUAUUCUGUUACCAUGUAAACUGGUUAUUAACUUCUUCAUGAGUUCCCUAUCUCGGCGAUUUGAGUACCAGGCUGACUAUUUUGCAACUACCCUCGGCUACUCUGAACCCUUAGGAUCUUCUCUCAUCAAGUUGCAUUUGGACAAUCUGUCUUUCCCUGUGAAUGACAAGUGGUACUCUCUGUGGCACUUUUCUCAUCCUACCCUGAUUGAAAGACUGAGAGCAAUUGCUAAACUAAAAAAUAAAUCAGACUAAAUAUUAAUCUAAUCAAAACUGUCUUGUCAGUUUUUAGAUUUACCUUUACAUAAAAAAUUUACUUCCUAUAAUUUUCAAAUAAAAUUGCAACUUCCUUUUAAAUGUUGUAACCUAGACUAACUUAUUGACACAUUUUCAUUAUCCUUUCUUAGGUUUGAAAUAAAUAAUAAAUUCUUCAUGAUUCUCAA